AUGGCAAAUGCUCGACCAUUUCUGUACGGGCUAAAAGACAUCGAUCAAUACAUCCGUCUCAAACACCUUCGCGAGAAAGAAGAGCUCGAGUCUCUUUGCACGCAAUUCUUUGCGGCCCUUGACCAUCACGAUUACAACCACCCAAUCUUCGAGAACACAUACCCCGACGCCGUCUCUGAGAAACUUCAAGACUCUGAGAUUCGUGCCAUCGACGGUCUUCCCAAGUGCGAUGGGCUCAGACGGGGAUUAGCAGACGUUCUAGCGAGCCACCAGCUGCUGUGGCAACAGUUCCCCGAAUUCAGGAUGACGGUGGACGAGCUGUCCAUCUUCGUGGAUGAGAAGUUCUCGCUUGCGGAUGUCUUGGUUUUGUUCAGCACACAUGGGCUGCCGGUAGGGAGAAAUGGCAAAGGCGGGCUUUGUGUAUUGAGAUGGUUGAAGGAUGGGAGAACUUCUGAGUGGGUUGUGAAGGAUGGAAUGCACAUGCAAGGCUCGAUGGAGUUUUCAGUAUGA